AUGCCGUUCCUUCUCGACGCCGCUGCAAAGAUUGGAGAUAUCGACACAGUGCGUCGCCUGCUAGAAAGUCAAAUAUACUAUGUAAACGAGAGGACAGACAUGGAUGGAUGGGGUGGACUUGAUGGCUGGACACCUCUUCAUUACGCUGCUUUGUGUGGUCACUGUAAUGCCGCAGCUCUCCUCAUCCAGCACGGAACUGAUCCCUCCAGUACUGACAAGCUUGGCAGGACGCCUCUUCAUUACGCUGCUAGAGGUGGUCACUGCAAUGCAGUAACUCUCCUCAUUCAGCACGGAGCUGAUCCCCGCCGUGAAGACAUUGAUGGCUGGACACCUCUUCAUUUCGCUGCUAUGUGUGGUCACUGUAAUGUCGCAGCUCUCCUCAUCCAGCACGGAACUGAUCCCUCCAGUACUGACAAGGAUGGCAGGACGCCUCUUCAUUGCGCUGUUAUAUGUGGUCACUACGAUGUAGCAGCUCUCCUCAUCCAGCACGGAGCUGAUCUUUCCAGUACAGACGAAUUCGGUAUAAAGCCCAGUUAUUGUGCACGGUGUCAUGGUAAUGGUGAUAUAGACACGCUGCUGAGGAGGUUUGAAAGUGAUCAUAUCCAGGAAUUCAUGAUAACGAGAACGUUGGAGCAUGUCUCUGCCGAGAUGAGCCUUGAUGACUUUUUCCUUCCCACCGAUGGGAUCAAUAAUAAUUUUCCUGGUGAGGUUGAAAAGCAAAAGGUCCAGCGGUUGAAGCAAUGGGCAAAUUCAAAUAAUUUCAAAACUAUCCAAGGAUUAAAAGCUGGCCUUACAGCUCAAGGACGCGAGGAGCUUUGCGUAAUUGCUGCAAAACACUAUGCUACCGUCUUCACGGAGAUAAAAAAUAUGUCUACGAAACGCUACCACGAUUUCCUUGAAGAACUUAAAACAGCUCAGUUUAUGUUCCAAGACCCUUCUGAAGAUGUGACAGAAUCACAAAGUCAGGAAAUUGGAGACGGGUAA